GUAUGAUUCGUUCGAAACUCCGCCAUCACGCUCUCUGCAUUUCAAAGUGUCUAACCUAACCUUUAAAGCAUAAGAGAGUCGAAUGAUUUGUGAUUGACAGUAUUCAUGAUAUGCAAAAAAAGAAAAAAAACUUAAUAUAUUCAAAAGAUAAUAUUGUAACAUCAAGACAUGCCAGUUAAAUAAAAUAUAUAUUGAAAUGUGGCCGCAUAUCUUAGAAACAUUUCUGAUUGGACGUUUCAUAUCAACGUUAUCUUCAUUUCAUUCAUUUUAAUUUCAUUGUUAUUACGAAUCAGACGUUCAACUUAAGGUCCAACUGAUUUUGCAACCUCGUUAUAUUGCAUUCACCAAUGAUAUCGAGAUUUAAGUGAUGUGCACGAGUUGAAAAAAGGUCAUUGAUUUAGUUAACCUACACAUCACAUAUUGUAAAACCAUUUACAUACAGAAAGUGUUGCGUUUUAAACACUUCGAUAUCGUUUGAAAGAAGCGACUGGCUACCGUGAUGGCUAAAGUGAUCAAAACAAUAUGUGCCGCCACAAGGAACUUGACAUCACCAAUGAGGAACUUUGCAGCGAAUCGGGCACUACCUUUGCAGGAAGCUGCUUUGGAGGAACGUUGCAUUCUUGUUAAUGAACUAGACAAGGCUCUUGGCGAUGCUACAAAGAGAGAUUGUCAUAUUGUGAAUUCUCAAGGGCAAGUUUUACUUCACCGAGCAUUCAGUGUCUUUUUAUUCAAUGGUAAAAAUGAAUUAUUACUUCAGAAAAGAUCUGCCAAUAAGAUAACAUUUCCAAAUCAUUAUACAAAUACAUGCUGCAGUCAUCCAUUAUUUGAAAUUCCUGAAGAAACUGAAGAACAUGAAGCGAUAGGAAUUCGUAGAGCAGCAAAAAGAAGAUUGAAUUAUGAGUUAGGAAUUCCUUUGUCUGAAUUAUUGUUAUCUGAUUUUUUGUAUCUAACAAGAAUUCAUUAUCAUGCAGUGAAUGGUACAUGGGGUGAACAUGAAAUAGAUUACGUGUUAUUUAUACAAAAGGAUAAUAUUACAUUGGAUCCAAAUCCAGAUGAAAUCAGUGAAACUCGUUGGGUAUCAAAAUCAGAAAUCAACAAUUUUGUGAAAAAUAUUGAUUCCCCAUUGAGUCCCUGGUUUAAAUUAAUUCUUAAGAAUAAAUUGUUGUUGUGGUGGGAUAAUCUGAAUGCAUUAGAAAAAAUGAAAGAUCAUACAACGAUACACAGGUUUAUUUAAAAUGUUCAAAUGAAUUCUUUAUUCAUGAUAUUUUAUUACCAAAUAUUUAAAUAAUUAUUGAUAAAAGAAUUUCAGGACAAAAUUUGUACAAGAUGAUUAUUUUUAUGUGAUCAGUUAUGUUACUAUGAAUAUAUAAUGAGUUGCGUACUAUGAACAUGCAAUUGUACGCUAUAAAUAUGCAGCAUAAGUACAAAGUAAAUUUAUUCACAUGAACUUGCACUUUGUAAAUAUAUUUUGAUAACUUGUAAUUAUACUGACUAUAAAACAACUUAUAUAACUUUUAUGAAUACUUUUUUGUCACAAAGAAAAUAAAUUUGUAAAUUCAUAGUAAACCGUGAACUAAUCUUUUUAACAUAUUAUUUUUUUACUAAAAGAUAUGUAAAUAAAAAUAGAUCAUAAAUAUGAAAAUAUAAAAAAUUUGAGACAAAUG